CUGCUCCUGAGCCAGCUCAGCUGGUUGAGUCUUGCUGGUGCCACCACUAACAAUAACACACAAGAGACAAGAUACGGGUCCAGGUGAGACAGGAGCGGGAGAGACGCAGGCUUGCAUCUUGUCAUCGCUUCACUGAGGUGACUCCAAACUAAGUGUGAGGAGCAGCUGAUGGUGACCUAGCGGCAGCAGUGCUGGUAGUGUCAUGUCUGGCUUAGCGUCACCAAGAUCCCCGGGCUCGGGGGAUUUGGCUCAGGACGGCUACGACUAUGAGGAUGAUAAUGAUGCAGACCUUGAGGACUCCAGAGACUAUGAGGACCGGGAAAGUGAUGAAGACACCGACCCUGGCAGUGAGGGAGAGCCAAGAGGGAAGGAGGAGUACACCGGCAUCAAGGAACAAAUGUAUCAGGACAAGCUGGCUCAGCUCAAGAAGCAGCUGCAACAACUGCGUGACAACUCACACCCAGAGUACAACAAAAAGCUGAAGAAGAUUGAUGCAGCGUACAAAGAAAGGCUGCGGCUGAAUGACUUAUGGAAGGACAUUGAGGCGGAGUGGGUGGAGCGAGACUAUGCUGCAGAGAAGCGCUUGGCUGCCCGAGAAUUUGAGGAGAAGAAGAAGGAGCUGAAGGAAAAUCUACUCAUUGAACUGGAGGAGAAGAAGAAGAUAAUUGAGCAGGAAAGAUACACACUGGAACUAACAGGAGAUUCAAUGGAGUACAAACCUGUGUCAACUCGGAAGCUGCGUCGCCGUGGCAACGAGCCGGCUCCAAUCAUUGAGAAGCGGCGCAAGCCAGUCUCCACCACGCUGCAGCUGCUACUGGAUGAGAGGGAGAUGGAUGACGACCUCAAGCUGAUCAACAAGAGUAAACUGCUCAACAUGAAAAAGAGCACUACCAUGCCGUCACCAGCGGAUGCCAUCGCCAACGAGCCAAAGAUUGAGAAUGGGAAGCUGUAUUUUGAUAAGAAGUGGUUCCACAAAGGCCAGGCAGUGAUGAUUGAGUGCAAGGAUGGCACUCGCUUCAACGCCAUCCUGACAGUGGCCAGCGGUGACAUGAUCAUGGUGAAGAAGGUGCCGGACAGCAUCCGCCUCAAGAUCACCCUGGCACAGCUGGCUCACGGCAAGUAUCUGGUACGCCGCCGAAGUGCCACGUGACCACACCAGCAUUGGCCCCCCAACCUCUUGUCUCAGCCUGACUUGGGCCCUCUACACACCCCCUAGCCUCUGUGGUGACGCUGGUAUGGGCAACGUUGGUGAAGUGUCACUCACACACUGCAUGACAGAUAAGUAGAGCUGACAGCCAGCCUAACCUAACCUAACUUAGCCCUGCCAAAGACAUCUGGCUAGUAGUGCAAGUUUGGUUCAUGGCUCACAAAUAGAUUUUUUUUUUUUUUUUUCCCACACACACACACACAUACACACACACACACACACACACACACACACACACACACACACACACACACACACACACACACACACACACACA